AUGGAUAGCGAUAUAAUAAUAGAGGAGGAUGUAAUGCAAGAUGUUUAUAAUAAAAAUAACAAUCAAAAUGGCACUGAAAGCUAUAAAACUGCACACAAACUGAAAGAAAUCCAAUCAAAUACACUUUUCGAAGAUGAAAGUGUCGUUAUGGAGGAUGUAACAAAAGAAGUAGAGAAUGUAACUUCACCUGCAAAUGUAGAGGAAGUAGAAGAAAUUGGAAACGAGUCACCUGUUGAUGAAAACAAACCCAGAAAAAAGCGAAAUUUAAAGAAAAGAAAAAACAAGGAAAAUAGAGUAAGACUUAUGGAUGCAAAGUACGAAAAAAUGAAGAACCGUUUGAAAAUAGAUCGUGAAAAAGCAGCGCGAAGACGGGAUGAAGAGAAAAAAGAAAAAUUUAAGAAAAAGGAGAGAGAAAAGAUUAAAAAUGAUAUCAAGGCAAAAAUACAGACAAAUGAGAAUGAUAAAUCUUCGGAACUAAUGGAACUACUAAGAGCGAAGGAAGAAAUAGAACAGAAGAUUAAAAAAAUUAAAGAAUCUCAAAACCAAAAUAACGAGAAUGUCAACAAUAGUUCAACUGUGGAGGAUACUUAUCAUAAUCUAAUUUCCUUAAAUACUAAACCAAAAAAUACAAAAAUUGAAGGGAAAAAAGAAGAGAAUAUUGUUUUUAAAAAACAUCAAACCACUCCUAAAAUUAAAGAAAACCAAGGAAAACUGGAAACUAAGAAAGAAAAUGAUAACAAUCCCAACGAUAAUUUAACUGUGCAAGUUACUAAGCAUAUUUGUACUUCCUUAAAUAAUAAACCAGGUAAUACAAAAUUUGGAUCAAAAAUACAAGAAAAUCCCUCUAAGAAAAAAAAAACAGCAUCUAGCAAAAGUGAACAAGAAAAAAGAAAAGCAGUAAGGGAUAGAGUCAGAAAGCAUAGACUAACCUUAUCCGAAGAAAAGCUUGAUGAAAAAAGGCGAAAGGAUCGGGAGAAAUAUCGAGAAAAGAAGGAAAAAGGUCUUGUUAAAAGUGUUAAAGACUUAAGUAAACGACAACAAGUAACUAAAAGGAAAAACUGGAAAGAAGCAAGUCAACGGUACAGAAAACACAAAAUUAGUCGAAAAAGAGGGGCGGAAUUUAUAGAAAAUACUACACCUCCAUCUACUCCAGAUAUAAUGGAAAAUCAGCCUAAUUUAAUGGAACCUAACAGCAGUAGGAGAAAUGCUGGUAGAAAAAAAAUUAAAAGUAAUAGGUCAAAGGUUUAUAGAAAAUUAGUCAAAUCUGAGAAAGAGAAUAAAUCGCUAAAAACAGCCUUAGAGAGGUAUAAAAAAAGGUUUUACAGAAAGAAUUGUACCCCAAAAAGUCCUGCAUCACCUUCUUCUAAAGUGAACGAAAUCACCAAGGGUUUACCUGUACCACCACAGAUUAAAAGAAAACUUCUUCUUGGAGAAACCAUUCUUACAGAAAUAAAAGAUAAGAGGAGGAAUUCAAAUUCUCAAAAAGAAAAGCAAAUUCUUUCCAAAAUGAUUACCGGAAAAUAUUUCCGUAAAUAUAAAUUAAUCACAGAAGUCAGAGACAUAAUUCCAUAUAGAACUGAAAAGAAACAUCCCAUAAAUUCUAAAUUUACUCAGUAUGAAAGAAAAAAACGAAACGAAGUGAGAACAAAGAAAAUAAUAAUGAAAAUAAAAGAGUUUUUACAAAGAGAUGAACACUCAAAAAUGUGCCCAGAAAUAAAAGAUAAGAGGAGGAAUUCAAAUUCUCAAAAAGAAAAGCAAAUUCUUUCCAAAAUGAUUACCGGAAAAUAUUUCCGUAAAUAUAAAUUAAUCACAGAAGUCAGAGACAUAAUUCCAUAUAGAACUGAAAAGAAACAUCCCAUAAAUUCUAAAUUUACUCAGUAUGAAAGAAAAAAACGAAACGAAGUGAGAACAAAGAAAAUAAUAAUGAAAAUAAAAGAGUUUUUACAAAGAGAUGAACACUCAAAAAUGUGCCCAGGAAAAUUAAAGCUUGAAGGCAAAAAUAUGGACUCAGAGAUUACGUUUCAACAAUGGGCUUCUGUAAAAGAGGAGAGGCAAAUAAAGAAUAAACAAGUAAGCGUGAAGAGAACAGUUAAAAAAUCUAUGGUAACAACAGCAAAUAAAAUUAUUACUUUAAUGCAUUCCAAAUUAUGUGACUACAAAAAGCAUGUGUAUAUUAUGUAUCAUCAGCUAAGAGAGUUACAAGCCAAAAAACAAUUCAUUGAGGAAGAUGAACUCAUUUUCCACAUUGAUUUUGCUGAAAACUAUGUUGCUAAAUAUUCGAUGGAAAUUCAAUCGAUGCAUUUUGGCGCAUCCAAAAAACAAAUUUCCCUUCAUACGGGUGUUUUAUACACAAAUAAUUCCAAACAGACAUUUUGUUCUGUUAGUGAUAAUUUGGAUCACCAAGCACAUGCCGUGUGGGCGCACUUGAAACAAAUACUGAAGCAACUUUCUUUAAAUAUAGCAAAUAUCCAUACUAUUCACUUUUUCUCAGAUGGACCAACUUCGCAAUAUAAGAACCGCUCCAAUAUUUAUUAUUUAUUGAAAAUUGUUCCCUCCAUAUUCCCAACAGUUAAUAAAAUUUCUUGGAAUUAUAGUGAGAGUGGACACGGAAAGGGUCCCAUGGAUGGAGUAGGUGGUUCUCUAAAGCGAUGUGCUGAUCGCAUUGUCCUUCAAGGUACAGAUAUAACUUGUGCUUCCGUAUUUUUGAAAGAAUUACAGAAAACAACUUCAGUAAAAUUGUGGGAAGUAUGUGAGAGUGAGGUUCUUCAUUUAAAAAAAAUCUUGCCCAAAAAAAUACCAGCAAUACCAGGAAUAAUGGCAAUCCAUCAAAUUAUAUGGUCUAAAAGAGAUCCUAAUUUUAUUUUACUGAGGCAGUUAUCAUGCUUUUCUUGUGAAGGACUUUGUCACCACCAAGUAGACUUGGCGGAUGUACGGCUUAGAUUUGUUCCCCCAGGUAUGGCCGAAAGUGCAAGUAAGCCCUCCGAGACAAAAUACCAAUCUCACAAAAGGAAAGCUGAUAAUCAACAAUCCUUUUUAACGGAAACAAAAAGUGGAAAAACUGCAAAAUGUAAAAAGUGUCAAGCCAUUUUGCAAACGAAAAGUGGAUCAACUAAUAAGGGUCUCUUGACACAUCUACUGAAAAUAUACAAAAUAGACAUAAAAGCAAAAAGAAACGUACAGGCUGAAUCCACUCUGGAAUCAUCAUCGACUUCAACAAUAUUAUCAAAAGAAUUAAUAAAGCACAAACAAACAAAAAUAUCAUACUACUUUGGUUUUAAAAAUGAUAAAUCAUUAGAAGCUAUGUUGGCCCGAAUGGUUUCAGUAGAUAAUAUUCCAUUUUCCAAAUUUGUGACGUCGGCUGAUUUAAAAUAUUUAAGGUGA